CUUUUAUUUUACAUGUGCCAAUGUGCCAUAAUAAAUAUCUCGCCCAACAGACUUCCCGAGCCCUUCCCUCGCCUCGCCGGACCAUUUGUUUAGGGUGCACGAGGGCGAUCUCUCUCGCGCGGCGAAGCAAGCCAUCAGCUACCGGCCAUGGUCGGGGGAAGCAUCCGCGCGGCCGCCAAGGCCGCGGUGGUCGGCGGCUACCGCUCCGCCGCCUACAUGCGGCGCGCCGUCAUCCCGUCGUCCCAAUCCUCCUCCUCCUCAUCGGCCGCCGACAGCAGGAAGGCGUCCACGAUCGCGGUGGACGACUGGGUCAUCCCUGACCACGAGGUGUUCGGCCCCGUGCCCACCCAUGAGGAGGCUAUGGCCGCCACGCUCGACCUCAAGGAUGCCUUCGAGAUUGCUCAGGUUGAAUCUACUGCUCGCAUUGAUACCCAGAAGACGCACCUCUCACCUACUGACCAGGAUAAUCAUGCAAAGAUUGCCCAACAAAUUGCAAUCCCAGAGCUUGUUCACUCUGAAACAGAAACACCUCAGGUCGUUGUUCAUUCAGAAACAUCUAAGAAGGAAGAUACUCAGGUCGUCGUUCAUUCAGAAACAUCUAAGAAGGAAGAUACUCAGGUCGUCGUUCAUUCAGAAACAUCUAAGAGGGAAGAUAACUACGAAAACUUACUAGCUGCAGCUGGAACUCGUGGACGUGUUGUGCAAGCAUUCACAUUGCUACAGGAAAUCCCUGAAGCUCAGGAUGUUGUUGCCUCACUUGCUUCUGAUAAGAAUGUUUGGGAUGCCGUGAUGAAGAACGAUAAGGUUAUGAAGUUCUACAAGACAUACGAGUCGAAGCUCAGUGAGUGCUCUAGUGCUGCUUCAAGCGUUUCUGGGGAUGAGGUGGAGGAUGGUGAUGCAGCUAGCGUGCAAAACAGCAAUGACCUCCAUCCAAGCGCUGGCGAAUCACUCAAGGAUUACUUGGAGAAAAUGAAGGCCCUGGUGUCCGAGAUGAUGAGCAAUCUGUCAAACAUGAUGCAAGAUCUCGUCUCAACCUCGGACGAGGGCCGCUGCAAGGGGAAGAUUAAGACACUGAUCUUGAGCUCCAGCAAAGAUUUUCCAAGUGCGCCAUCAGCCUUUGUGAUCUUGGCUAUUGCGUCUAUCAUAGUAGUUAUGCUUAAGCGUGCUUAGGUCAGUCAAAUAGAAUAGAUGAAGGAAAAGCUUUCCACACAUAUUGGCGUGGCUGUUUGCUACUUUAGGUUGCGAGGAUCUUCUUUUCUUAGGCGGGGCUUAAUCUCCUUAGUUCAACAAGUGGUUGGCUUUGAGUGUGCAUCUGUUAGCAAGACAAGUUUUUUUUUUUUUUUUUUUGCACCGAGUUGCUUCUAUUCAAUAUCUGAUUAACUGAUACUCCUAUUUGAUACAUGAAGUCUGCUAGCUGCCUCGUACAGCUAAGUGGCAUCGAGUUUUCC